UUCCUGUUCACUUCGCCCAUCGACAACCUAGACGGUAAGCUUCCACUUUGCAUUUCCAUCGUGCCCCGGCUAUGCUGGACAGUGUCGAUGUUGGCAAUGGCUGAGCUUUAAGACUGGCAGCAAUGCCGUCUUUGCUCUUAGAGAUUCAGAACAUAGCGCAUGCUAAUUCUGUUCUCAAUGACAGCCCUCGAACAUGCCUCCAAAAGGGAAGAAAGCAGCCCCAGCGCCUUUUCCGCAAGGAAAGGCGGGCGCGAAGAAGCCGGCCAAGAACCCCCUCAUCGAGAAGCGACCGCGCAACUAUGGCAUCGGCCAGGAUAUCCAGCCCAAGCGCAACUUGAGCCGCAUGGUGCGAUGGCCCGCAUACGUCCGCCUCCAACGCCAGCGCAAGAUCCUCAACCUCCGUCUUAAGGUCCCCCCGAGUUUGGCGCAGUUCCAGCACGUCCUGGACAGAAAUACCGCCACCCAGGCAUUCAAGCUCCUGAACAAGUACCGCCCCGAGACCAAGCCCGAGAAGAAGGAGCGUUUGACAAAGGAGGCCACCGCCAUCAGCAACGGACAGAAGAAGGAGGAUGUCAGCAAGAAGCCCUACACUGUCAAGUAUGGCUUGAACCACGUCGUCGGCCUGGUCGAGAACAAGAAGGCCUCGUUGGUGCUGAUCCCCAACGACGUCGACCCCAUUGAGUUGGUGGUCUUCCUCCCAGCUCUGUGCAGGAAGAUGGGUGUGCCUUAUGCCAUAGUCAAGGGCAAGGCCAGGCUCGGAACGGUUGUGCACCAGAAGACUGCUGCUGUCCUCGCACUCACCGAGGUCCGAUCAGAGGACAAGUCGGAGUUCUCCAAGCUCGUCUCCGCUGUCAAGGAUGGCUACCUUGAGAAGCACGCGGAGACCAACCGCCACUGGGGAGGAGGUAUCAUGGGUGCCAAGGCCAAUGCUCGCAUGGACAAGCGCAGGAAGGCUCUGGAGAGCGCCAUCAAGAUCUAGUGGGUCUGCGGUGGUAAUGACUGUGAACACGGCAUUCUGGGUGUCUUUCUGUGGAUAUAGCGGGCGUUGAAAACUCCAAUAAGAUCCUGCCUUUUUACGGCCCCACUUCAAAGACUCCAUGGCAUCUUACAAAGUACGAAUACCAUGGGAGAAAUCAAGCCUAUAUCCAACCCAGUCAUCCAAGCCUCCAUAACAGAAUCUAGUGAGAUGC